AAACAAACAACAGAUUGUUGCCAUUGAAGAAAGUUACAGCUUCUCGAAUCUGAAUCGCAAGCAGAAAUGGAGAAAUUCAAGUUAGCCUCAUCCUCAUUAGGCGAUCGAUUGAAGACCGGAAGUGCUCAGAUGGGUCGAAUCGUAAGCGCCAAAAUGAAGGAGAUUCUCCAAGCUCCGACGCCGGAAUCAAAGAUGGUCGACGACGCCACCUCCGAGCAUCUAGAAGAACCCAACUGGGGAUUGAAUCUUCGAAUCUGUUCGAUGAUUAGCAGCGAAGAGAUUAACGGAAACGAAGUUGUCAAAGCGAUCAAACGUAAACUCGCCGGAAAAGUCGCCGUCAGCCAGAUGCUUAGCCUUGAGUUACUAGAACUUUGUAGUUCAAAUUGCGAGAAGGUAUUCUCUGAGGUUGCAUCAGAGAAGAUUCUUGAUGAAAUGGUGAGAAUGAUUGAAGAUCCGAAGACAGAUCAAGGAAAUAAGAUCAAGGCUUUAGGGUUAAUUGAAGCAUGGGGAGAUUCUCAAGAUCUGAAAUAUUUGCCUGUCUUUCAUCAAACUCUUAAAAAUUUGAAGAUCAAAGAGAUGAACAAUGAAUCAUCAAUUGACGAAACCGCUCACCCAUUUCAUUCACUAGAGUCUUAUAUGUUUCAAGAACCGAUAUCUCCACCUGAGAGAUAUCCAUAUCCUUCACAACCUGAACUGGGUUUGAAUGAUUCAGACCAAUCUUCGGAGGAAAAGAAAGAAGCUCUUGAAAUUGCUCGAAACAGUCAUGAUAUACUCUCUAGUAUUGUAAAUUCUCCAACAGGGGCAGAAACAAUCAAGGAUGAUCUAACAGUGAAGAUGGUAGAAAAAUGCAAGCAUUCACUUUCAUAUGUUCAGAUGAUUGCAGAAAGCACCAUUGAUGAUGAGGCGAUUAUGUUUGAGGCUUUGAAUCUUCAUGACCAGCUGGGAGAAAUCAUCUCAAAGUAUGAAGCAAUGGAUUCAAUUGAAGUUUCGGAUUCAGAAAGAAGUAUACUGCCUGAAAGCUCUAAUGCUGGUAAAGCAAUCGAAAUGAAUGAAUGAAUGAAUCCAAGAGAAGUUUCUUAUCACCCUGUUGAUGUAUAUAGUUUACAUGAUCUUAAUAGUGCUCUUAUUAGCAGGUUCAGACUUUUGAGUUUUGAGAUUGAGAGAGACUUGUCUUCUUCUCUUUCGCAUAAAAGUAGCAACAACCAUAGUUCUUGGUUGGUUUUCUUCAUAGUUUCAUGUUUUUUUUUUUUUUAUCGGUGUUGGAUGUCAGUUCCAAUUUGCGAAAAUAAACUGUUUGUUUCUGAAA